CGAUGUAAACAUCUGAUCAGAUGUUUACAUUUGAAAACUAACGCAGAACUUUAUUUAUUGUAUUGUAUUGUAUUUUACUUUUUAUUUUUCAUAAUUUAUAGUUAAAUCAUGGCUUUUGUUGUGAGGAAUCUGAGAUCUCUUAUCAUCAACUCAAGUCAAAUCCGUUACUUUGCACAUAGUGACUCUACAAAUGGGGUGCAAUCAUCAUCUGGACCAUCUACAGGAUCAUCCACUUCAAAAACUCGUGAUAAACUGCCUUCUGGUUUAAGUGAAAUUCCAGAAAAACCAAAGCUACCUCGAAGUCCAUUUGCCAUCUAUUUUGAACACAGAUUCAUUGAAAUUCAAAAAGAAAAUAACGAUUUGAAGGAAAACGAUGCCAAGAAGGUGAUUGAAGAAGAAUGGAACGAUUUGAAAUUGAAACAACCGUACGAAGAGUUGUCUGCCAAAGAACAUCUUGAAUAUAAAUGUGCAACAGAGAAAAAUGUUUUUAAAGAAAGUCUUGAUGCACCAAUCAGUCAAACACCUAAGCAAGAUGAAUAUGAAAAAUUAUGGUCUCACUUUUGGUUAUCUAAUUCUACAUUCAAAACCAGAUUAAAGAAUGAGACAUCAAAAUCUUACUCUUUGCUGCUACCACCGCCAAAUAUCACUGGUCAAUUACAUCUAGGACAUGCAUUAACUCUGGCAUUGCAAGAUGCUUACAUUCGUCAUCAAAGAAUGUUUUCUGAUGCUAAUAUAACAUUUAUUCCUGGUUUCGAUCACGCAGGGAUAUCAACUUAUAUUCUAUUAGAAAAAACAACCCGAAAAUCAUUAGGAAAAAGUGUAAAAGAUUUAAGAAAAGCAGAAUUUGAAGAAAUUUUUUCCAAAUGGAAACAUGUUCGAAUCGAGGAAAUCAAAGAGCAAUUAAAUCGUCUUGGUGGUUCGCUUGAUUACGAUAAAGAAUAUUUCACAUUGGAUCCUGCUCUUUCCAAUUCCGUUAGCCAUGCAUUUACAAUUUUACACGAAAAAGGUCUUAUUUACAGAUCUAAUUCACCAGUUAAUUGGUCCUAUUUCAUGCAAUCAGCUUUAUCUGACCUGGAAGUCAACUUUCGCCAUGUUGAUGGAGGUACUCGAAUAUCGAUUCCUGGCUAUCCUGAGAAGGUUGAUUUCGGUUGUUUUCAUACUGUAAAUUACCCUGUUGUUGAUGGUGAGGUAGGUGAAGCAAUUAAAGUUUCAACAAUGAAUAUUUAUACUAUUCCCGGUGAUGUUGCAGUUGUUGUAAAUCCUAAAGACUCAAGGUAUACCAAAUAUCACAACCGAAAAGUUCUGAAUCCUAUAACAGAAAAAGAAAUUCCUGUAAUUGUUGACAAACAUGCACAUAUCGAUUUUGGAACUGGUGCUGUUAAAAUUACUCCAUCAUCCAGUUAUACUGAUUAUGAAAUCGCUCUCAAACAUAAUCUUCCAAUUUGUAAUUUCAUGAACCCUGACGGAACUCUUGUUAAGGGCUCAAUCUCUUCUCGAUUUGAAAAUUUAUAUUCGUGUUCUCAUCGUUAUGAUUUGGCGAAAGAGAUUCUAAAAGUUCUUCAAGAUAAUAAUUUAUACCAUGGUUAUGAGAAAAGAGCAACAAUAGUUCCCUUCUGUAAAAGAUCUGAAGACGUUAUUGAACACCGAAUAAUGCCUCAAUGGUUUUUAAAUGUUAAACCUGGCUAUGAGGUUCUUAAAGAUUGUAUUGAAAAUGGUACCUUUUCCAUAUAUCCGCCAAGAAAAGUUAAUAUGCUUAUUGAAUGGUUCAAUAAGAAACGUGAUUGGUGCCUAUCUAGACAAAUACCUUUCGGACAUCGAAUCCCAGCCUGGAAAGUUUACUCUCAAAACGAAGAUACAUGGUUUAUAGCUCCAAAUGAGAAGCUAGCAAUUGAAAAAGCUUGUCAAACUUUAGGUACUAAUGAUGUUGUUCUUGAACAAGAUGCAGAUGUUCUGGAUACAUGGUUUUCAUCGGCUCUGUUGCCUUUAUCUGCACUUGGCUGGCCAAAUACAAAUUCAUCUUUCUUCAAAAGUUUUCAUCCUCUGACUUUAAUGGAAACUGGCUUUGAUAUUCUUAAUUUCUGGGUCAUGAAAAUGGCACUAAUUUCUUUAUACCUAACUGAACAACUUCCCUUCUCUAAAGUUUAUCUUCAUGGUAUGGUUUGUGAUGGCAAAGGACGAAAAAUGAGUAAAAGUAAAGGAAACAUAAUUAACCCUAACGACGUAAUAGAUGGCACGAGUUUAGAUGCAUUACAAAUUGAAUCGGGUAAACUACUUGACCAAGGGCUGAUUAAUCAAGAAGAAUAUCAAAAUGCAUUGCUUACUCAACGAUCAUUAUUUCCUAGAGGAAUAGCUGCUUGUGGGGCUGACGGACUCCGGCUAAGUCUGUAUCAAUAUAAUGCUACUUCUGAAAAGAUUUCUUUUGGUGUCAACUAUUUGGAAAAUAAUCGCCAUAUGGUUAAUAAGAUUUGGCAAGCUUUUAGAUUUUAUCUUCUCAAUUUUAAAGAAGAUAGUAGUUCAAAUUCCGUAAUUCAAGACGAGAGAGAAUUGUUAAGUUACAAAGAUAGAAUGAGUAAAACUGAUAAAUGGAUCAUCGGUCAAUUUUUUAUUCUAAUCAAAGAUUUCCAUUCAAAUAUCGAAAAUUUUAGUUAUAAUGGAAUUUAUUACAAUUUCGUCAAUUUUUGGGUAAAAUCUUUUUGUGAUAUCUAUAUUGAAGUCAUCAAACCAAGAGAUCAUUACCAAUUUGAUCCAGUUUCUUAUGCAAUUUGUGGCCAGCUUAUCAAAUCAACUUUAAUUGCGAUGCAUCCUUUGAUUCCUUUCGUGACAGAAGAGCUAUACCAAAGAUUAAAAAGACUUCACUCACCUGAAGAGAAAAACAAAGAAAUCAUAAGCAUUUUAGAAGAAAGAUUUCCAAAUGUUGAUAUUUUUUCACAAUUUUUCGAUCCAAAAAUCAAUCAUGAAAUGGAGAUUUUUCGAGAAGUUGGACGAAUUCUUGGUAAUUUUAAAGCCACCUGUUCAUUGAGUAAAGCUGAAAUCAACAAUUUACCCAUCAAGAUAUGUUCUAAUGAAUGGACCGAUCAUGAUUUAUUGGAAGCUCUAAAACGAUAUAGAAAUGUCCACAAUAUAACUUUACUUGAUCUCCAUGAUCAAAAUUUGAUUCAAUCGUCAAUCAACAUGAGAGCUUCACAUGACACAAUUGUCUUAAUUCCUUACAAGGAACAAUUUGCAACCAAAAUUUUGCAGUUUUUCGACAAAACAAUUUCUAGAUCAUCGAAACUUUUAGAGAAAGAAAGUGACGAAACAAAAAGAGCAAAUAUUGCAUCUGAUUUGGAACUGAUUAGACUUGAUCGAGAACAUUUAUUAAACCUUGUCAACCAAAGCUGUUAGAGUCCAUUUAUAAUGUAAAGUAUUCACUAUCAAAUGUAAAUAACUAGUUUAUCAGUUGAUGAUUGACAACAACAUUUAACACUGAUGUCGAGUAAAUUUUUUGUAACUUAAAGAUUAGAACAAUUAAUAGAGAAAAUAAAGAUGAUUGGUUUCAAUCAAAUAGGUAAUGAAACAA